AUGGCUGCGCAACGUCAGUCAACUGCACGACCUGCGCAUACCAAGACUACCGAGCCUUGCCAGAGCCCUAAGCCAAUCAAUCCUUCCCGGCAGAAUUCUAUCGUGGUACCAGUCACUGUUGACGAUCUCACCUUCCUCGACCCGGGUAACGAAGAAGCCAAGAGGGAGCUGAACCGCGAGGCUGAGCGGCGCACAUUGUUCCAAAAUGUGUCGAAUGGUGUACUUCAGAUACCCAAUGGUUAUCGCAAGGUUGAAGUGCUGAUAAUACGUUGGGAUGAGAGUGUCGACGAGUUCAAAGGCCACGAGCAAGAGGCCGCUCUGAUGUGGGAUCGCUUACAGCGAUACAAACGUAAUGUGGAGCUUGGACGACUCGAUCCAAAUCCAGAACGGGACGAGUCUUUUCGCAACGAAGAACCGGAAAAAGCCUCACUUGUUUUGCGCUUCUCGCUCAAAGAAGAGGCGCUCGGCAACUCUCAGGUUGAGAUGCUUGCCCGACAAUUGCCCGCAGUCUUCAAGGAGGCCGGGGUUCUUGUGCGGCGAAUGGAGUACGUGGAGCUUGAGCGACGAGACGAUGUAGCGAAGGCUUUCCGCGCCGAACCUGGAAGACCGUAUGAUCCAGCGAAAGCUUUCCGUAAGGUCGUUCACCAGGUACAGGAAAACAUUUCCAGCGACAAGAUCGGUCAUGGCGAGCAUGAGAAACAGUCUGCGACACUUAAGCCAAGGAAGCGCAAAAGCUCGUACUCAGACACGCUUCUGGCACCUAAGAGAAAUGCGAGAGAGAGCUCGCUCACGUCAGAGGAAGCCACCGAUUCAGGCUUGUGCACGCCGCCGAAGAGACAUACAAAGCCGGGGUCUGAGGCUCAUAAGUGCUGA